UCGGUAUCAUGUCGUGUAUGUGGAAAUAAGUCGGGCUAAAUCAUUUGCUAGUCAACUCGCCUUCCGUCCAAGCCACGAGUUUUUAUGCGUCCCUGUGUAUACGUGCGCAUGUGCCGAGGGAGUGGAAGUGCCCGCACAAGAGCAGAAAAAUGGACUGGUUCAAGUUGUUAGGAAUAUCUACAAAUGAAGCUGACAGUCAUGACAGUGACAACCGAGGAUACAUGUACCAUCCGAUGAAGCAUCUGGACUUGAGAUUGAGGCUACAUUGAAGAAAUCCUGAACUUGUAUCCGACAGUAAACCUUCUGGAUAUCAUCAUGGUCAGGAUUCUAGCCAACGGCGACAUUGUCCAAGAUGACGACCCACGAGUCCAACAGUCAUCACAUUCUGGCAACGCACCAACCAACAGAGGCUCUCGAAUGGGUUACAUCCAACAGAACACGGAGCCCCAUCAGUACGGCCACGAUGGUCAAGGCGCUGGAGGACACGAAGUUCAGAACGUCUCGAUAUUCCAAACACUCAACCAACGUCUCCUGGAUUUGGGCAUUCCGUGCUUCAACAUCGGACCUUAUACCAUCCAGCCUAUCGUCACCGUAGCCUUCAUUCUUGCAAUGCUUAUCUUUGGACUCCCUGGCUUACUGUUCGCCGGGCUCCUGUUUGGGGUUGUGAUGCUCAGCGGUGGGGGAGGAGGCGGCGAUGACGGUGGCACAGGGGGUGGCGGAGGGCAGAGCACUGGGCGUGGGGAUGGACAGCGGAGGCACAGAGGUGGACGGGUGCUCCGACACAGAUGAUUCGAUGGAAUUCAAAUCAUUCAUUCAUCGACUCUUUGCUGCAUUUAGUAAUACUGCCCUCAAGUGUUUAUGUACCCUGAGACAGCAAAUGUCUGGUGGAACGAUUUUAUCAAUGUGACUUCACAGGGCCAGUGUACAUGUGUAAACAAAAAUAAUUUUAAUCAUCUGUAUUAUAUUUUUGUUUGUUUUCAACUCUUUGAAUUAAAGCGAAGUCGAAUAAUCUUUAUAACAUUCAAUCAAAUUUCUUUAAAAUGUAUGGAUCACCAUCACGUUUUGAUAAUGUAUUUUUGGCAAGACCAGAUUCAGUGACCAAUGAAAUCCAAAUUCAAAUCUACAUAUUUAAGUCUCGGUAACUAUUGAGAAUUUUUAGCAAGACAUUUUUAAUAUACGGUAAAUUUGAGGAGAUAUUUGCAAUAUUGUAAUAACGUCUUCUUUAAAAUAUAAUACAUUGUAAAUUUUUUUGGGAUGUUAUUGGGAACAUUGCCUAAUUGUGAUGUACAAUGUAGUGUACAUGUAUGUAAGGCCAAAAAAAGAAGGUGGGCUUACGGUAAAGCUGUAAUAUUUUAGGUUUAGUUUGUAACUUUUUCUUUUGUCUUUUAUGCUUUUUGUUUUUUCUCUUUAGGACACCAUUAACGGUGUUCCAUUUUGUUCACCUGUUUUAUUGUUUAAUUAACCAAUAAUACAACUAAGUUGCAUAUAUGGAAGACUUUUUCUAAGAUAAAUAAAUAAAGCCAAAUAUUUUGGUCAGCAUAGCCAAAACAGUUGGAGGUCGGCAAUUUGGCCCUAAAAAAAUCCAGAUAUGUCAGGUUACUGUAAACACAUGGUUUUUUUUCGACAAGCUUAAGUUAAACUACAUGUUAUAACAUUUGGAUAAUCUUUUCAUGUGGAAUAUCUUUGACAAGUGAAGUAGGCUAAGUGGCUUGGCAUGAUGCUCAGUAGAACUAAUUGGCCUUUGCAAGGCAGAGUUGAAAGAGAGGCUCUACUAGCAGACUUUGAUAAGGCCAAGAAACAAAAUAAUGUUUCCUAUUACCCCACCCAACCUAGAAAAUUAUGCAGAACCUAAAUCUUUAUUCUACAUUUUGUAUAAAAUCUAUAUAUAACAACUUAAGACGCUGCCCCCACCCUAGCCUAGUUUUUGCGGAUUUCAUUUCUUUGAAACUGUUGUCAGCAGUGCGGUUUUGUCGCGCCAUUCAGCGAAGCCUAUUAACAAAAGCGCAGAAAAAAUGCAGAAUGAACACUUGAUUAAAAAAACAAAUCAAAAGAAAUGUGCCAUUAUCCCAACGUAUUUUUCUGGCUAUAAAAAGUUACGACAAAAAAAAAAUGACCAACACCCCCCUUACUUCACUAUUGUUCAAUGUAAUAGGAAACACAACAUUUUUUUUUCUUGCCCUGACUUGAAUGGGUUUUUACAUAAAUUCAUAAUAUAGCAAGGGCGGAUCCAAAACCAAAUUUUUAGGGGGGGGGGGGGUCGAGUAUUUUUUUUCCUCAAAAAGGGGAAGGUGAUUAAGUAUAUAGUGUGCACAUUUCCACAUUGUAAUAUUAAUACUAAAAUGUAAUUUGAAGCUGAUGGUUCGGGAGGGAGAUACGCAAGGUUUUAAUUUAUUUCCUGACAAUUUAUGACAAAAAUGUGUCUUCAUUUCUCAGAUUAACACCCCCCCCCAUACGCCAAUUAAUGUAGAAGAAGCAUGUAAUGGCCAAAUCUACUACCUUUUACUAUAUUAUUUACUUUUAAAGUAAUUUUACAAAUAACUUGUGAAUUUACAAAGUGAUUAUACUGAUUUGGCCAAAUCUAACCAUCUACAACAAACAAAGGUGCCAUAUAAUGGGUCUCAUAUUUUCAUAUACUUUAUUUAAUAGACAUAAAUAGCGCCUUGAAUACGCAACUGUUAUUAGAAACGUGCACUAUAUAAUACUCUGGUAUUAUUAUUAUUAUAAAUUUGUUAAAAAAUAUAUUUACUGAAUAGUAGAAAAGCAAAGGGACUUCAAAAAUGAAGCAAAAAAAUCCAGUAUUUGGGACGUUUCACAUUUGUUCUCAGAUAAAGACUUUUGAUUUUACUGUACUAACCAAAAAGAAACUUACUGACGUGUCAAUUUUACCCUGUGAAAUAUUGGCUGGAAUUAAAUAAAUGAUAAAAACAGCA